AUAAGAGCCUGUCCUCGGCUGGUCUCAGAUCUGACAUGUUCCCUGGGCCUAUCUCGGAAGGGGCCACGAUGACCCUGCAAUGCACCAAGUCAGCAGGACACUGGAAGAUGGUGGUGUGGGACCAGGACGGCUUCCAGGGCCGGCGACAUGAGUUCACAGCCGAGUGCCCCAGCGUGCUGGACCUUGGCUUCGAGACUGUGCGAUCUUUGAAAGUGCUGAGUGGAGCGUGGGUGGGCUUCGAGCAUGCUGGCUUCCACGGGCAGCAGUAUGUUCUGGAACAGGGCGAAUACCCGAGCUGGGAUGCCUGGAGCGGCAACACAGCCUACCCUUCUGAGAGGCUCACCUCCUUCAGGCCGGUGGCCUGCGCUAACCACCGUGACUCGAGGCUGACAAUCUUCGAGCAAGAGAACUUCCUGGGCAAGAAAGGAGAGCUGAGUGACGACUAUCCCUCCCUCCAGGCCAUGGGAUGGGAAGGCAAUGAAGUAGGGUCCUUCCGUGUCCACUCUGGGGCUUGGGUUUGCUCCCAGUUUCCUGGCUACCGAGGAUAUCAGUAUGUGCUGGAGUGCGAUCACCAUUCCGGUGACUACAAGCAUUUCCGGGAGUGGGGCUCGCACGCCCAGACCUUCCAGGUGCAGAGCAUCCGCAGGAUCCAGCAGUGAGCAGGGGCGUGGCACGGAGGAGCGCAUGCGCAUUUGUCUGGAAUGGAGGCGCUCUGGGUGCUGUGGCGUGCUCUCUCCUUCUGCCUCCCCUUGAAACCCGUGUGAACCCAGCACCCGUGUGAACCGGUCCAUGCACAGUCAGCACAAAAAACUCAGAUGAAUAAAAAAGAGAAAGUCCGGUA